AUGGAUUCCUUUUCUGUUUCCGCUCCCUCUUCUCCCGUCGAGGAAAAGCAGAGCUACUUCCCUUCCGCUAAUGCUUCCGACCCUACAAUUCACAUUCAUGAAUUCGGCAAGUAUGGCACUUGCCAGUGCGCUGGUUGCACGGGGUGCAACGGUGACAUCUAUUGCAUUUCUAGCCAGCAGUGCUACAAGUGCUACUGCAAGUGCGCAGUCUAA